AUGACGAAGGGUAGGUCUGAUGAAGAAACUGGUGACGAAUCCGGCGUUGUCAAUGUCCUUAAAGGCACGUUCAUGGAUGCAUUCUUCGGUGAGGUGGAAGAGAUAGGAGAGAUUAUAAAAAAGAUUCAAGGUAUUUUGGAAAAGUUUAAUAAGAAAUACAUGGCCAUUUUAUUGUCAUCCUCUAUACAAAAGAACAAUAUACAGGAACUCGAAGACUUUAGAGCGAAGUUUUUAAAAAAUGCCAACGAAAUCAUAAGCAAAUUGAAACACAUGAAACUAAAUAUCGAGCAAGAAUAUUCGAACAAAUUAUUGGCUGAAGUCAGGAUAAGAAUUCAACAAUAUUGCUUGUUGAUCCGUAAUUUCAAGGAAGUAAUGAGGGAGUAUAGCCGGAUGCAGUUAGACCUCAUGGAUCGGUUCGAGGACAUGUUACAAUUUCAGCUAGAGAAAGUCGGGAGGGCAGUCACAGAAGAGCUGGAGGAAAUGUUUAAUGGCUACAAAUCGGACCCAUCAACCAAGAAGCUAUGUUCUAAUAUGUUGUAUGACAUGAUGAUGCUCGUCUUAAGCGUGGAUGAGAUGCCCAUUAAGUGCGUGCCCGUUACUCAAUGGGAUCAAUCAUUUCAGAAAAUACAUUUGAAACAACUUGCACCCUACCUUCUCGUAGAGGCUCGUGGGUACACGCGCGCGCCUCCAGGGACCUGGUUGUGGGGUGGUGCCUCCCUCAAGGCAUGCACCCCGGCCCCCGUGGGGGGUAGACUCGGGACGGAGUUGGGCUCGUCCCGACGUCUGCGCCUGGUCCUCCGGCGGAUCAUUGGGGCGAAAGGAUCGUACUCGCGGUCCCUCUCCGCCGCUUCCUUCUGCGAAAUAACUUCUUCGCAGAAGGUGAGCACUGCCAGCCACGACCCCUAA